GUAGUCAUGUCGUUGGACAUGGCACAAUGCACUGGUUGGGGGAGCUGUGUACUCUUGCAGACUUCAGCAGCAGUUGUUCCAUGCGACCGUCACUGCGGGUAUGACAUAUACCGUCCUCAACGUCUUCUGCAUCGCGUUUGGGGUGACACCUGUGCACAAGCCCACUUUUUACAGUUGCAUGCGCGGUGAGCCAAAUGUGCAUGACGGUUGGAAUGCAAAGGUUGUCAGGCAGAGCGUGCGGUAUUGCGACUUGGCCAUUGACACGGUUAUGCGAUCGGGGAGACCCGUCACUUUGAUGGUUGACGGUCGCUACGACUCGGCCAGGUCUGCGCAGCAUUGCACUGUUACCGGGAUUGAGUGUGAUACUCGUCUUGUGUUCACGAAGAAGGAGUUGUUGGAUGCCUUGACGGACCGUUUUGGACCAGGGUCUUUGACGGCAAAAGAAGAACGAUUGAAGAAGAGCGACUUCGUUGCUCUUGUGAUGAGCAAAAUGUACCCGUACGGCACGAUGAAAAACAACAAAUUCUUGGUCGUGGAUGCAGAUGGUGUGACUGAGUUCCAUAUGCAUGAGGUGGGGCAUUGGUUUCUUCGUGCUUCCCUGCUUUGCAGAGAUGAGGGAGGUGACUUUGUCACUCUACACAAUGAUGUCAUGAUGAUCGUCGACCAUUGGGCCGGGGACCACUCCAGGUGCGUUGCGGACAGAGAGCUUUUAUGCUCAAAGGCAGGUGACCCAUCUCGGCUGCCUCUGUACACGCACGACGACCCCGUGUAUGACAUCAUUCGCCAGACGUUGGGGGGACAUUGCAACACGACCGUUUGUUCGUACUACACGGAGUUCCAUCACACGUCGACGGUUGAGACCUUCCAGGGCACAAUCAUCAUUUACGAGAAGAAGGCCUUGCACUUCGAGAAGUCGUAUGAGCCGCGUUUGGCGAUUGCAGUCAUUCGAUGGAACAGUCAUGCAUGGCAGGAUCCCUUGGAGUAUCGUGUCCGUAGACCUUCUGGGACUUCGAUUCGUCCAAGGCCGAGCCACUACCGUCACAAUCGGCCACCUACUGAUUCGUGGAUGGAUCGGCUGUCCACGUUCAUCUUCGGUUCAAAAUGUGUUUCAGAUUGGGCUCGGCGCCUUCUCGAGUACGACGACUGUGAUGUGUCGGGCGAGGUCGGGUCCUCGACACCUCCUCUGCCUCGCGAUCUUUUUCGCCGAGGCGAGGAUACCAUUGCCCGUGACGAGGAGGACGUUGCUUAAGUUUUGACUCUGUCAUCUCUCCCCCUCUUGUUAUGCAUGUGUGGGCAUGUUUUAUAUUGUAUGGGUGGUUAGGUGUUUUAAAAAACAAAAUCGUCUUCCCCUG